AUGGACCAUACUCACCCGCCCCUCCACACAGAGACUUUCGACUUCCGGUACGGCCGAGUAGGCGUAAAUAGAAAGCAAUUGCAGGCCUUGUUCCAUGGCCAAGUGCACGAUGUGCGAUGGAGCGAGCGCGCUGCCGUCCUCAACCACAUCUUUUCUCACUACGUCAAUGGAGAUAGGGAGCCGUGCUGUAAUGCGCGCAAGCUACCUUUGUAUGACUUAUCGAAAGUCAAUGACUCAAACGAACAGCGACUGCCGAUUAUUCUUGUUGGCCACGACAUCCCUUCGGAUCUUCUCUCGUUGAACAAGGCGGGUAUCAGCAUAACUGACAUAGCCACCGUGACCGCGAUCAUCGACACGCAGAAGCUUGCUCGCGAGAUGUACAAGGCUGACGAUCCUGGAUGGAAUGUAUCGCUUCAAAAGCUAUGUCGCCUGGUCGGUAUGAUACCUACAAAGUUGCACGAUUGCGGGAACGAUGCUGCGUGGACGCUACUUGUGCUUUUCAGUCUCGCUGCGAAGCUGAUUAGCGAGGAUGACGAAGGGAGAGAAAUACUAGAGGAGGUUGUAAGAGAAGGUACACGCGAUAGUAAGACGAGGAAGCAAAGGGACAAGGGAAGUAGAGUGAGGAAUAAAGAAGAUCAGGUGGACGACUGGGCAGACAAUCUCGUUGUUGAAGUUCCUUGA